CCUUGCUUUGCAUCCUGAACGUGUGUUGGUGGCAACAGGUCAAGUUGGAAAAGAACCAUACAUCUGCGUGUGGGAUUCAUACACUGUGCAAACUGUGUCUGUUCUGAAAGAUGUUCACACUCAUGGUAUAGCUUGCUUGGCCUUUGACUUAGAUGGUCAGCGUUUGGUCUCGGUUGGUUUGGAUUCGAAAAACACAGUUUGUGUAUGGGACUGGAGAAAAGGAAAAUUGUUAUCAAUGGCUCCUGGUCAUACAGACAGAAUAUUUGAUAUUUCUUGGGAUUUGUACCAGCCAAACAAGCUCGUCAGCUGUGGCGUAAAACACAUCAAGUUCUGGAGCUUGUGUGGCAAUUCAUUGACACCAAAACGUGGUGUUUUUGGCAAAACUGGUGAUCUCCAGACAAUACUGUGCCUCGCCUGUGCAAGGGAUGAAGUGACGUAUUCUGGUGCGUUGAAUGGAGAUAUAUACGUAUGGAAAGGAAUCAACCUUGUGCGGACAAUACAGGGAGCACAUGCUGCAGGAAUUUUCAGUAUGAAUGCGUGUGAAGAGGGGUUUGCCACUGGUGGCAGGGAUGGCUGUGUUCGCUUGUGGGACUUAAGUUUUAAACCAAUUACUGUGAUUGAUCUCAGGGAAACAGACCAGGGAUAUAAAGGUCUGUCUGUAAGAAGUGUUUGCUGGAGAGGAGACCAUAUACUCGUCGGGACACAAGAUAGUGAAAUUUUUGAAAUUGUGGUGCAUGAGCGUAAUAAGCCUUUCCUGAUAAUGCAGGGCCACUGUGAAGGAGAGCUCUGGGCUUUGGCUGUCCAUCCGACAAAACCCCUAGCAAUGACUGGAAGCGAUGAUCGAUCAGUCAGAAUUUGGAGCUUAAUAGACCAUGCUCUGAUUGCUCGGUGCAAUAUGGAGGAACCGAUUCGCUGUGCCGCGGUCAGUACCGACGGAAUCCAUCUUGCUCUUGGGAUGAAGGAUGGCUCUUUCACUGUGCUUCGAGUCAGAGAUAUGACUGAGGUUGUUCAUAUCAAAGACAGGAAAGAAGCUAUUCAUGAACUCAAAUAUUCACCAGAUGGGAAUUUCCUAGCUGUUGGUUCCAAUGACAGCUCUGUGGAUAUAUAUGGUGUUGUUCAGCGAUACAAGAAAGUUGGGGAAUGUAUUGGAUCUUUAAGUUUCAUCACGCAUAUGGAUUGGUCUUCAGACAGUAAAUACUUACAGACCAAUGAUGGCAAUGGGAAGAGACUUUUUUAUAGAAUGCCAAGUGGAAAGGAAGUAACAAACAAGGAGGAUCUGAAAGGCAUUCAGUGGGCAUCAUGGACCUGUGUUUCUGGCCUUGAAGUUAAUGGAAUCUGGCCCAAAUAUUCAGAUAUAAAUGAUAUAAAUUCUGUGGAUGCAAAUUUUAUUGGGCAAGUUAUGGUUACAGCUGAUGAUUAUGGAAUAGUAAAGCUCUUUCGCUAUCCAUGUCUAAGAAAAGGAGCAAAGUUUAAAAAAUAUCUUGGGCACUCUGCUCACGUGACAAAUGUCAGGUGGUCUCAUGAUCACCAGUGGGUUGUUUCCAUUGGCGGAGCUGAUCAUUCUGUCUUUCAGUGGAAAUUUGUCCCUGACCGCAAGUUGAAGGAUGUUCUUCAUAUAGCACCCCAAGAGAGUCUGGUUGAUUCUAAUAGUGAUGAAUCAGAUUCAGAUCAGUCUGAUGUUCCAGAGCUGGACUCUGAAAUUGAACAAGAGACACAAAUCACCUAUCGUCGACAGGUUUACAAAGAAGAUCUACCUCAACUUAAAGAGCAAUGCAAAGAAAAAAGAAAAAGUGCAGCUUCUAAGAGACGUGAGCGAGCUCCAGGGAACAGUAUAAGACUACAUUUUGUCCAUGGUUACAGAGGUUACGACUGCCGAAGCAAUUUAUUUUACACUCAGACGGGUGAAAUCGUAUACCAUGUUGCAGCAGUGGGAGUGGUGUACAACAGGCAGCAGAAUACACAGCGCUUCUAUCUGGGCCACGACGAUGACAUUCUUUGCCUUGCUAUUCAUCCCUUAAAGGACUAUGUGGCAACAGGCCAGGUUGGUCGAGAUUCCUCAAUACACAUUUGGGAUACAGAAACAAUAAAGCCUCUGUCAGUAUUAAAGGGCUAUCACCAGUAUGGUGUUUGUGCUGUGGAUUUUUCAGCGGAUGGGAAACGAUUGGCUUCUGUUGGAAUAGAUGACAAUCACACUGUUGUACUCUGGGAUUGGAAGAAAGGAGAAAAGCUUUCAGCAGUAAGGGGAAGCAAAGAUAAGAUUUUUGUUGUUAAGAUUAAUCCUUAUAUGCCUGAUAAAUUGAUUACAGUUGGAAUUAAACACAUGAAAUUCUGGCGUAGAGCAGGAGGAGGACUAAUUGGGAGAAAGGGCUCCAUAGGUGCACUGGGAAGGACUGAUACAAUGAUGUGUGCAGUGUAUGGCUGGACUGAAGAGAUGGCCUUCUCUGGAACUUCCACGGGGGAUGUGUGUAUUUGGAGAGAUGUGUUUCUCUUAAAAACUGUCAAAGCACAUGAUGGUCCUGUGUUCAGCAUGCACGCAUUGGAAAAAGGAUUUGUCACUGGAGGAAAGGAUGGGGUAGUAGCUCUCUGGGACGAUAGCUUUGAACGAUGUCUCAAAACCUAUGCCAUCAAAAGGGCUGCUUUGGCUCCUGGGUCUAAAGGUCUCCUCUUAGAAGAUAAUCCUUCUAUACGUGCCAUAUCAUUAGGACAUGGUCAUAUUUUAGUGGGCACAAAGAAUGGUGAAAUAUUGGAGGUGGAUAAAAGUGGACCAAUAACUCUGCUGGUUCAGGGUCACAUGGAGGGGGAAGUUUGGGGUCUAGCUACUCAUCCUCAUUUACCUAUUUGUGCCACUGUAAGUGAUGACAAAACCUUAAGAAUAUGGGAUUUAUCUCCUAGCCAUUGUAUGUUAGCUGUUCGCAAAUUGAAAAAGGGAGGCAGAUGUUGCUGCUUUUCUCCUGAUGGAAAAGCAUUAGCCGUUGGUCUCAACGAUGGGAGUUUUUUGAUCGUUAAUGCAGAUACCCUGGAGGACCUUGUCUCUUUCCAGCACAGGAAAGAUGUUAUUUCAGAGAUUCGAUUUUCUCCUGGGGCUGGAAAGUACUUAGCUGUGGCAUCCUGUGACAACUUUGUAGAUAUUUACAACGUAAUGAGCAGUAAACGAGUCGGAAUCUGCAAGGGAGCCUCCAGCUACAUCACGCACAUGGACUGGGACAUAAGAGGGAAACUCUUGCAAGUCAACACUGGUGCUAAAGAGCAGUUGUUUUUUGAAGCUCCUCGUGGGAAAAAACAGACAAUUCCUAGUUUGGAG